GCGCGGUGUCGGCGGGGCGCUGAGGGGAGCUCAAGGAGAGCGGCGCCGCCAUGCCCGGCACCGUGGAGGUGCCCUCCCUGGAGGAGCUCGAUGUGCAGGAGGUGACGGUCAGCUCGGCCGUGCUGAAGGCCGCGGCCCACCACUACGGCUCGCAGUGCGACCGGCCCAACAAGGAGUUCAUGCUGUGCCGCUGGGAGGAGAAGGACCCGCGGAAAUGCCUGCGGGAGGGUCGGCAGGUCAACCAGUGCGCGCUCGACUUCUUCAGGAAGAUUAAAGUACACUGUGCAGAGCCAUUUACUGAGUACUGGACAUGCAUUGACUAUAGCAACUUGCAGGAGCUCCGUCGAUGCCGAAAGCAGCAGGCAGUGUUUGAUAACUGUGUGCUAGAGAAGUUGGGCUGGGUGAGACCUGAUCUGGGACAGCUCUCUAAGGUCACAAAAGUGAAGACAGACCGACCUAUCCCUGAGAAUGCCUAUCAUUCUAGACCUAGGCCAGAGCCCAAUCCACCUGUUGAAGGAGAGCUGAAGCCUUCUCCAUUUGGCAGUAGGCUUUUUUUCUGGACGUGGUAAAGUGGGCAGACUGUGCCAUAACUGAAAUGCAAAGGUACAUUGAUUGCAAAUGUAAAUUGUCCAGUACAUGUUGAGUAUGACUUUAACUUUCACGAUUAAAGAUUAAAAAAAAAAAAAAAGUUAUGUGA